GUGGUUCGAGAUGAUAGAAAGGCAACAGUAACUCAAAUAACCACUCAUUACAACCAAGGUAUGCAGAAUACCAUCUCUGAACACACAACACGUCGAACCUUGAAGCAGAUGGGCUACAGCAGCAGACGACCACACGGUACUAGCAACGGCCACUUUAUUAGGUACAAGGUGUACCUAAUAAAGUGGCCGACUACAGUUGAGCUGACAGCGAUGAAUCGUGAAGGUUACCAGAUUGAGAGUGUUCCAUUGCAGGGGAGGCGUGUUGAGCUCCAUGGACAGCCUGGAGGACCUACAGUGGUCCAGUGCACCACUGUGAACAUCAGCACCGAGCCCCCCAAGGACCACAUCAUCUGGUCACUCUGCUGCUUUAUGUACUCAAACCAUUUCUGCCUCGGACUGGCGGCUCUCAUCUUCUCUAUCAAGGCCAGAGACCGGAAGGUGGCUGGAGAUCUGGAGGGCGCCCGACACUACGGCUCCACUGCCCGCUGCCUCAACAUCGUGGCCACAGUCCUGUUUUCCACCAUGGUCCUUAUUUCCAUUAUUACAAUCACUGUCGUGGUCGUAUAGAUUAAUGAGGCGUACAGAAGUUACAGCACAUACCACACAAACAACCACGGUUACAAUUACAGAGGCUAAAUUUCAAAUAGUGUUGGAGUUGCCUACUGCUGUGGCUUAGUGAUGCUUAUUGUUCUCUGCUUUAUGGUUAUGGCACAAUGUGUAACCUUUUAUGCCCUUUUACUUAUAUCCUCAGUUAAAACAGAUACUUAUUUCUAUGUGUGUUACAAAAGUCUUGGAACUCAUUCAUGUUUCCUUAAUGCCAAUCUGUAGUAGUUUGACAUUUAUGCCAGACUUAAUUUCAGAUUUCCUGUCAGCAAGGCGUGGAGCAACUUUAAAAAGAAAACAGUUUCAUCUGUCAAUAAAGGUGUCUGUUUCAUAACUCUGAA